AAAAAAAAAACAAAAACAAAAACAAAAACAAAAUCAAAGAAUAUGAAAUAGGAAUCAGAUCACGGCGCACGCACUGCCAAGAAGAAUCACCGGUCGACGAAAUCCCCCAACCAAACGUGAUGGAGUCGAGCAUCCUAGCAUCAAUCGGCGUCGAGAUCAUCGGUGUCAUGUCCCCCGUCUCAAUCUGCAUGUUCUUGGUGGUCCUUCUCGUCUACUCUCUCUCUCCUUCCAAUCCCUUCUCCUCUCCCUCUUCCCCUAUUUCCAUCCGCACCGCCGCCAACCUCGUCUACCUCGAGAGCCCUUCCGACUCUACCGCCCAGAAGCUGGAAGGCGCUCUCUUAAACGCCUUGGUCUUCGUCGUCCUCAUAUCCAUUGUCACCUUCCUCCUCGUCGUCCUCUACUACUAUAACUUUACCAAUUUCUUAAAGAACUACAUGCGUUUCUCCGCCUUUUUCGUGCUCGCUACAAUGGGUGGCUCCAUCUUCCUCUCCAUAAUUCAGCAUUUCUCCAUACCCGUCGACUCUAUCACUUGCUUCUUGCUGCUUUUCAAUUUUACGGUUGUGGGUGUGCUGUCCGUGUUCUCCGGUGGGGUACCCAUAUUCUUGAGGCAAGCGUAUAUGGUCUCGUUGGGAAUAAUUGUGGCGACAUGGUUCACGAAAUUGCCCGAAUGGACGACUUGGGUUUUGCUGGUGGCUUUGGCUCUAUAUGAUUUGGCGGCUGUCUUGGCCCCUGGAGGGCCACUGAAAUUGCUGGUGGAAUUGGCAUCGAGUAGGGAUGAGGAAUUACCGGCUCUGAUCUAUGAGGCUCGGCCGACCGUAUCACGGAAUACAGGAAAUAGGGGUUCUAGUUUAGGGCUUUUGGUUGGUGGGGUUUCGGAUUCUGGGUCGGUUGAGCUACAGGCGGUUGAGCAUGACAACGGAAAUAUAAAUGUGGUCGACAAUCGCAGUAAUUCUGAGUAUACCUCUGUUGAGGUUGGGAGUUUUCCAAAUGAGGAUCGUGACAGCGGCAAAGAUCAAGGGGAGAGUUCCCCGUUGGUAGGUCAUUCGCGGGAAAGGCAUACGUCGAGCAGUGGAUCUUCAGAGUAUUCAACUGUGGUUGUUGGUUCUGAUCGAGCUCGGGAUCCUGAGCCCGAGAUUGUUGAUGAGGAGAUGUCUCCACUGGUUGAGAUGAUGGGGGUGGGGAACAACAGAGAGUGGACUAGGAGGGAUAAUGCAGAGGUGACGAGUAGAGGUAUUAAACUUGGCCUUGGAGACUUUGUUUUCUAUAGUGUUCUUGUGGGCAGAGCUGCAAUGUAUGAUCUUAUGACAGUAUAUGCUUGUUACCUUGCAAUUAUUUCGGGACUUGGCUGCACUCUUAUUUUGUUGUCGCUGUGCCAUCGAGCUCUUCCUGCCUUGCCAAUUUCGAUUACAUUAGGUGUUGUUUUUUACUUCUUGACUCGGUUAUUAAUGGAACCUUUUGUGGUUGGGACGGCGACAAAUUUGAUGAUGUUUUGAUUCUCGGUUUUGAGAGAUCAAUUGGAUGUUAGAGGAAUACUGAUGUUUUCAUAGGCGUGAGAUUUGUAUACAAGGUACAACUCCCUGAAUUUUUUCCCA